UGGGGGCGAGUGCCUGACCCACCCGCCCAGAGCGCCUUGCCCGUGCCUGGCGGUCAGCGGGAAAACCGGCGCUGAGGUUGCCCCUUUCACUCCCCUGUCCCUGUCUCCCCCUGCCCAGCCAUGUCCAGCGAGGAGAGCUACCUGGCCAUACUCCGGUACCUGACCAACGAACGGGAACCCUACGCGCCGGGCACGGAGGGCAACGCCAAGCGCAAGAUCCGUAAGGCGGCCGCCUGCUACGUGGUGCGCAGCGGGACCUUGUACUACCAGCGGCGGCAGCGGGACCAGCAGCGCUUCACCGAGCUCGAGGUGGUGCUGCAGGCCGAGCGUCGCGCUCGCCUCAUCCGCGCCGCGCACCUGGCGCCCGACGGCUCCCACCGCACCCGCCUGCAGACCUGGCAGGGGCUCUCGCAGAAGUACUGGUGGCGAGGUAUUCUUAAGCAGGUUAAAGAUUACAUUAAAGAAUGCAGCAAGUGCCAGGAAAGGCUAGAUCGGUCUAGAUCUCUGUCAGAUCCUUCUGAAAUGCUGGAGGAACUAGGACUGGAUGCAAAAUCUCAGGAAGACAGUAACGAAACAGAUGAUGAAUUGAGUAAUGUGGCGUCAAUUCCAGCUGCAUCCCCAAAGCCUGUGAAGAAGAAGCCAAUAGCAAAGCAUGAACUUGUAUUUGUUGACAGUAAGGGCCUUGUGAAGCAGUCAUCUUCCAGACAUUGUCUGUCAGUCUUAAACCAACUGAAUCAGCAGAGGCUUUCCAAUCAGUUCUGUGAUGUGACUCUGCUGAUUGAAGGAGAGGAGUACAAAGCUCACAAAUCUGUCUUGGCAGCCAGCAGCGAGUACUUCCGAGAGCUCUUCAUUGAAAAGGGAGCUGUCACUAGUCAUGAAGCUGUAGUGGAUCUGUCAGGGUUCUGCAAGUCCAGUUUCCUGCCUCUUUUGGAAUUUGCUUAUACUUCAGAACUAACCUUUGACUUCUGUAGUAUGGCAGAAGUCGCCAUGCUUGCCCGGCACCUAUUCAUGUCAGAAGUCCUCGAAAUUUGUGAAAACGUGCACAAACAGAUGGAAGAGAAGCAAAUUACAGUGUACCAAAAGGGAGAUAUUCAAACAGUAGAGUCAAUGCAAAAUUUAGCAGAGCACACUGAAGUUGAAAUGCAGCCCGUGGACAGUGCUGAGCAACCUGAGCUCACAGCCAGUGGGGUGCCAGUAGCUGUGAACAGAGCUUAUUCCCCUGCUGGGACAGAGAAGGCAGCAGCACCCCAGCCUGACCUCCUGCCCCCAGACCCUGCAAAGGCCACUCCAGAUGAUCUUCCAAAGCCUGUGGAGCAGUGUGAAACACCUGAAAAUUAUGUCAAGAUACAGCUGCUGGAGAGCAUUGCAAACAGCGCCGUGUCUGUUGUAGAGGUGGAGCCAUUGGCUGCGGAAGUCAUGGACACACAAAGUCAAAUGGAAAUCGAGACAGAUCAAAAUGAAAGUGGUAAAGCAAAUGUGGCUUCUGAAGACUCCUCAGAAACACUCAAGCAGACAUGUGGCAGUCAAAGCAAAGAGCAGAGCAUCUCAGAUUUGCAACCAGAAAGCCAAGAUGAUACUUACAAAAGCAAGCUACGUCAGCGUUCUGUUAGUGAAGGGGGCUAUAUCAGAUUGCAUAAAGGAAUUGAAAAGAAACUCCAGAAUAGAAAGGCAAAUCCUAAAUCUGCAAUACAGCAGGUUGCCAUGAAGCUGGUACAAAGAGGGAAAAAAAUGAAACAGCCCAAAAGAGACACCAUGGAAAAUAAUGAAGUAGAAGCUCAGCACAGAUGCUCAGAGUGUGGAAUGGUGUUCCAGCGGCGCUAUGCACUUAUAAUGCACACACUGAAACAUGAAAGAGCUAAAGAUUAUAAAUGUCCAUUGUGCAAGAAAGAAUUCCAGUACGGUGCCUCACUGCGAGCACAUCUUGUCCGGCACACUCGGAAGACUGAAGUGAACACUUCUGCUUCCAGUGCAGAAGAGACAGGCGCGUCUUCUGUGAAAGGGAGAACUAAACGGGAGUUUAUAUGUGAUAUAUGUGGGAGAACUCUACCUAAGCUCUAUUCUCUCAGAAUACAUAUGCUCAAACAUACAGGUGUAAAACCACAUGCAUGCAAGGUUUGUGGAAAGACCUUUACAUAUAAGCAUGGAUUAAAAAUGCACUUGGCUCUCCAUGAAGUACAGAAACAGUUCAAGUGCGACUUGUGUGAAAAGUCUUUUGUCACAAAAAGAAGUCUUCAGGAGCACAUGAGCAUUCACACAGGCGAAUCCAAGUAUCUUUGCUCCAUCUGUGGAAAAUCUUUUCACAGGGCAUCAGGACUCAGUAAACAUAUAAAGAAACACCAGCCAAAGCCUGAAGUUCGUGGAUAUCAGUGUACUCAGUGUGAAAAGAGUUUCUAUGAAGCCCGAGAUCUUCGGCAGCAUAUGAACAAACACUUAGGUGUGAAGCCAUUUCAGUGCCAGUUCUGUGGAAAAUGUUACAGCUGGAAGAAAGACUGGUAUUCUCAUGUCAAGUCUCAUUCUGUCACAGACCCUUAUAGGUGUAAUAUAUGUGGUAAAGAAUUUUAUGAGAAAGCUUUGUACAGAAGACAUGUAAAGAAAGCCACACAUGGUAAAAAAGGAAGAGCAAAACAAAAUCUGGAACGAGUUUGUGAGCAUUGUGGAAGAAAAUUCACGCAGCUCCGGGAAUAUAGGAGACACAUGAACAAUCAUGAAGGUGUGAAGCCAUUUGAAUGUCUCACCUGUGGAGUAGCCUGGGCAGAUGCGCGUUCACUGAAGCGCCACGUGAGGACACAUACCGGGGAGCGACCGUAUGUCUGCCCAGUGUGCAAUGAAGCUUACAUUGAUGCCCGGACACUACGGAAGCACAUGACCAAGUUUCACAGGGACUAUGUACCCUGCAAAAUCAUGCUGGAAAAAGAUACUCUUCAGUUUCAUAACCAGGGGACACAGGUGGAGCACGCCAUCAGCAUUUUGGCAGCAGACAUGCAGGAACGAGAAACCGAGAUCAGUGUUGGUGGUAGUGAGAUUGAGACUGUGGUAGUGACAGGAGAGACACUGGAAGCCAUCGAAGCAGUUGCAGCUACUGAGGAAUGCACAUCAGUCUCUACUCUUUCUGACCAAAGCAUCAUGCAGGUGGUAAAUUAUGUAUUAGCACAACAGCAAGGACAGAAAAUGGCUGAAGUGAUGCAGGGCAUCGAAACUGUAGAAGUGGAAGUGGCCCAUGUUACAAAGACAGACUGAAUAUAGUGUACAAGAGAGCAAAGAAGGGUGAGGUCUUACGAUCUGUGAGAGCCAAGUAUUUAACUGGUUAUCCAAGGCUUACCAUGAGGCCUGUUUUCAAAUGGUUAAUCCCCAGUGCUGAACAUCUUGGUGAUGAAAUACUGCACCAUGGGGAAAAUGUUAAGAUGCUUCAGUGUGAGCCAAGGCUCGGAAAGCUAGGAUUUCUAUACUGGCUGUAAGUAUGAAAAUAAAAAUAAUGUUUUCUGUGUCAUGGACUAAGUAUUGUGCUGAAACUUUUAAAAAAUGAAAAAAACAUUUAAAGAGCCUGCACUAAAUAUUAGAAAUGCACAGUUACUGGUGUCUUUUUUUUCUACUUCUGUUUUUAUGUGCAUUUCAUCAAGUUUGUGAGCAUAUUGCCUGUACUGGAUGCUGUCUGUUUACUCCCCAAGACACAGGGAUGGCAGAAUGCUUCAUGCAGUGUGAGCUUCAUGCAAUAUACAGAAAACCCGAGGCUUUCCUUUGGGUAGAUGCACCAGUGGCAGUGUGAAUUCCAUUUUUUAAGAACUUAUUUAAAUUCCAGGUUGUGGGUGGCAGGUCCAAGGUUCAGUAUGACGUUUUGCAGAUAAUGGGCAGGGGUCUACUGAAACCUGAGGAAGUGGUUUUCUGGGACAGACUCUGAGUUUCCAUUGACCAGAGGACAGCCCGCUGCAGCAACACUGCUUAGAGAAGUGAACUGCUUUUUAUUUGUGAGCAAGGUACUUACACUUCAGCCUCUGUGCAUAACCAUGUUCAGUUUAAUGACACCUGGUUGCAUAAACAAAAUUAUCAUCUGCAUUGUUGUAGGUAUCCAGAGGAUACAAUCUAAUGAUGGAUGUUUCUGAUUUUGCAUUAUAUUUAAUAUAGAGACUCUCAAAUUAAAAAGAUCUAAUGGUUCCUACCUGGACUUCUUUGGUAUAUUUAUAUUCACAUCUUGUAUUGAAAGGAGGACCCCUGCUAAUUCCCAAAUGGAACAUGUAGCAAUAUCAGGAUAGAGAACUAUGAAAAUGCUAAUAUGGGAUAAAAAUCCAAUUUGUCUCAAAAUUACCAGUGUCCAGAAGACCUUAUUGCUGCUGCUGUAAGAAAAUACUUCUAGGACAAGCUAAUUACCCAGUGCUACAUCACAUAGAGGGAAAAAUUCUCACGGGGUGUUCCUGUGAGUAAGCAUGAAUCACAGCCUUGCUUGGCCCAAGUUUAAAUGCCCCUGAUAUAAUACCACAAACAGUGCAUAUCUAAAUCUGUACAAGGUGUGUAUUCCUUCAUAGCUGGUUGCUUGGGUGUUUAUGCAAGCAGCAUAUCUGUCAGGGUAACUGAAGGUGCUAUGCACAUGAACAAACAAGUGUAUUUUUUAACUUGUUCUUAGUCUGUAGUAUUAUCAGAUGUUUUGCAGCUUUGACAGCAGCAAGGUACCCAAGGAGCCAGAAGCCUGUGAUACUGUAGGAUGAACAUGCAUAUAACUGUUCUACCCAUGAAAUGGAUCCACUGAGCAAAAGUGAAGCAAACCCUAUGAGGAAGCAACCGCCUCAUUUGAAUUAAUAUUUCUACCUUUCAUGUAACUAUUUCAGUACCUGUCUACUAAGUUACAGAAGGGACUGUACUUUUUAUACUUUGCAAGCAUGUAGAUAAGCAGUUGUUGAAAACUUUUUAAGCAAUAUGCAGCUGGAGUUCCUGUCUGGAGUCCAAAUUAAUCUGUAGAUGACCAUUUCAAAGGUCACGGUCUUCCUGCAGGGAAGUAGUUAUUUAUGCAUCCUGCAGCCCUUGACAAUUGUGUUCUUUUCUAAUUACCUAAUGGAGUAAAAUUAAAAUGAUUAAUGAUAAAAUACAAAUACUGCUAGCUCUGACUCUUGAAUUUUUGUAUGCACAAGAAUCUGGAGACAGCCAUCCUGCUUAAAUUAAACUACUGCCAUUAUGAUGAAAAUAUUUAAAAGAGCACUAGGUAAACUUCAAAGCUUACUUCAGUGUUUGUAUCUUACAAAUAAUUAUGUAUUACUGAAGUGAGGAAAUGUUCAAGGAAAAAGAGCUGUAAAUAGUGCUGGAACAUUAUUUGUGUAUUUACUGUGUUACCUUACAAAAGGAAUAUUACCGGCACCUUAAUGGAAUUUUUGGUGCGUUUAUUUAUUUGCCCAACCUAUGGAAGAAGCUGAAGUGAAUCUGAAUUUCACAAUCUUGUUUACCUACUGUAAAAAAGCUUUUUUAACUGAUGUGAUGGCCUGCCAUUUGACAACUAUAAUAACAAUAACUAACCAAACAAAUCACAACUAAUCUUGUUUCCUAAGCAAGACUCAGCCAGGAAUGUCAAAGCUGACUGUUGUGGCACUCCUUUCCUAGCACAGUGUGCCUUACCCUUUCAGAACAGCACGGGGUAAGUAGGGAGUGUCGCUCUUCACUUUGCUGUUCCCAUCCGUGUGAAGUUGCCUUAUGUUUUCCUUUGAACUUCAGCUCGUAAAUUAAGAUAUUCACUACUCUUCUGCAAUCUCUCUGAAGUCAGGCUGCAAAUACGCAAUUAAUAUUAUUUAAUUUUGUUAAAAAACAAUAAAGUUCAUGUGAAAUGUCCAUUUAUAAAGUAUUCCUGGUGAAUUCCUGUACAUAAUGAAUUUGAUUUGUACAUUCUGCUGUUUUUAUUUAGUGUUAGAUGUAUAAAGUUAUGGUUAUUUCUAAGUCAUUAAAUAAAUUGAGCUUUGCCAGGAA